CGGUCAUGAUCCUCGUGUUCAUUCAUUAACUAUACUAGAAAGUUCCAUUUCCAUGCCUCAGAAUGGAAUACGAAUUGUGAAAUGCAAUCUACAUAAAAUCCAACCAUUAUUUUUUUCGUUCAAGAUAAAAUCAAAUUCAUCACACUUUGAGGUUCCUUUCCUUUCUCUCCAAUCGCUUCCCAGUUGUCUUAAAUGCCAUUUGUACUUCCAGUGAUCGCUGCACUUGAGUUUGAACGGCAGAAUGCAAGGACGUGGUGGUGGGCCUGGUGGUAGGGAUCCUUUCUCUGGCGGGCCUUUCGGUGGUUUUGGAGGCUUUGGUCCCUUUGGGCCUCCUGGGAAUUUAAUGUCAAGUUUUUUUGGGGGAAGGGACCCAUUUGACGACCCUUUCUUCACGCAGCCUUUUGGAGGGAUGUUCCAGUCUAGCAUUAUGGGUGGUCCUUCUGGGUUUCCUUUUCCUCCGGAAAUGCAUCGGCCGGGUUUUGAUCUCGGACAGAAUAUGCCCAAUAUGCAGUUACCUGGGUUUCCUUUCCACCCGGACAUGAAUCAAUCUGGGUUUCCUUUCCACCCGGACAUGCAUCCAUCUGGGUUUCUUGAGCAUCAAGCUCGUGCUCCACCUCCAGAGCGUAGUAAUCGAAGGGGCCCAAUCAUUCAGGAAUUGGACUCUGAUAAUGAAAAUGAGGAUGAGACGGAAGAGAAGAGAGAAAAUCCAAAAAAGCAUAGAAGAUCAAACACUGAACCCUCUGUAGAACAUCCAGAUGAUGAACUUGAAGUUGCAGGGAAGAAGAUCAGACAUUUGCAGGGUAGAAAUGAGUACAACAGAUUCAAUGCAAGUGAGCUUCAGCCUCAAACUCGCAGUUUCAGCUUCCAGAGCUCCACAGUCAGCUAUGGUGGACCAAAUGGAGCAUAUUAUACUUCAUCAAAGACAAGGAGGACCGGAAGUGACGGAGUGACACUUGAGGAGAGCAAGGAGGCUGAUACUUCCACAAGGCAAGCUUCUCACAGGAUUUCUAGAGGCCUGCAUGACAAGGGGCACACCCUUUCAAGAAAACUUAAUCCAGAUGGUAAGGUGGAUACUAUGCAGACUUUGCACAACAUUAAUGAAGAUGAACUAGCUGGCUUUGAAGAAGAAUGGAAAGGGAAGGGUCAAAAGUAUCUGCCUGGAUGGAGCGGGAGUAUUGGAGCUAGCCAUGGUGGACAAGCUGGGCAGGCUGGGCAAGGAGGUCGGCUGCUCCCUUCAUCGGAGCACAUUCAUCCUGUGAGAAUGUCCGAAGUUGGAGGUAAGGUGGGUUCUUCUCAUGCUGAAGAGAAGGAAAGGACAGAUUCAAAUGGCAGGGGUGCAUACCACCCAGGAAGGCAUGGCCGAAAUUAAUUUUCUACUGUUGUAGUCAAGUUGACCAUUACUCAAGUCCUAUUCACCUUAGCAACAGUGUCAUGAUAUUCCAUGUUAUUACCUGUUGGUGUCUUUUCUCUUUCCGUCCCCAUAGGUAUACAUGAUAAUUUUAGCUGUAGCUUUUAUGAUUUGGUUGGACAGAUUCGGCCACUGAAAAUGUUAUAGUGAUGCCAGCGUCUGAGAUCUGUACAACUUAGUGCGGCUCGUAUAGGGGUUUAUAUUGCUGCCUGUUAAUACUGCUUGUGGUUGUUUAGUUGUAUACAUGUGUCCUUGUAUGAGGUGUUUAUCUUGUCCUGUGCAA